GGAGGGCGGAGGGAGGGUCUUGGAAAGCCUGCCAUUGGUGCGUUUACCAAAGGCAUCUGCCAGUGGGGCUUCAGUGGAAUGCGAAACCAAAUCAUUUUCAAGUUAAAGAUAGACACAGUGUACGCCUGGGUCUAGAAGCCGGUUUGUAAACGCCCAUCUCUCCCUAGAAUUUCAGAUAGUUCGGUUAUGAUCUCAGGGGUAAUUAGCCAUUUGGUUAAAGUCCGUUCUCUCCCUGAGUGUGCGAGCAAUCCCCCUGCGUUCUGGGUGAACUGGAAUUAAAAGGAUUUCAGAGAGGAUGCUGUGCCUGCUGCUCCGGGAUAAAUAGGAUUUACAAGACCCUGGAUGGAGCACUUGAGAAGCCUCUGAAUGCCACAAUCAACUGCCAUCUCGAAGAAAACAAAAUAAAUGGUUCUGGAAAGUUCAUGCUAUUUCUUCAUUGAAUUUUAGAAUGAUUGAAGAUAGUGGAAAAAGAGGAAAUACCAUGGCAGAAAGAAGACAGCUGUUUGCAGAGAUGAGGGCUCAAGAUCUGGAUCGCAUCCGACUCUCCACCUACAGAACAGCGUGCAAGCUGAGAUUUGUGCAGAAGAAAUGCAAUUUACACCUGGUGGACAUCUGGAACGUCAUAGAAGCCUUGCGGGAAAAUGCACUGAACAACCUGGACCCAAACAUAGAACUCAACGUGGCCCGCCUGGAGGCUGUGCUCUCAACCAUUUUUUACCAGCUCAACAAACGGAUGCCGACCACCCACCAGAUCCACGUGGAGCAGUCCAUCAGUCUGCUGCUGAACUUUCUGCUUGCAGCCUUUGACCCGGAAGGCCAUGGUAAAAUCUCAGUGUUUGCUGUCAAAAUGGCCUUGGCCACAUUGUGUGGAGGGAAGAUCAUGGACAAAUUAAGAUAUAUUUUCUCAAUGAUUUCUGACUCCAGCGGAGUGAUGGUUUAUGGACGAUAUGACCAGUUCCUUCGGGAAGUUCUCAAACUACCCACAGCAGUUUUUGAAGGUCCUUCAUUUGGUUACACAGAACAGUCAGCUAGAUCCUGUUUCUCCCAACAGAAAAAGGUCACGUUAAAUGGCUUCUUGGACACGCUCAUGUCAGACCCUCCUCCACAGUGUCUGGUUUGGCUGCCUCUUCUGCAUCGACUGGCAAAUGUAGAAAAUGUCUUCCAUCCGGUUGAGUGUUCCUACUGCCACAGCGAGAGCAUGAUGGGAUUUCGCUACCGAUGCCAACAGUGUCACAACUACCAGCUCUGCCAGGACUGUUUCUGGAGGGGCCAUGCAGGAGGUUCCCAUAGCAACCAGCACCAAAUGAAAGAGUAUACCUCAUGGAAAUCACCUGCUAAGAAGCUCACGAAUGCAUUAAGCAAGUCCCUGAGCUGUGCUUCUAGCCGUGAACCUUUGCACCCCAUGUUCCCAGAUCAGCCUGAGAAGCCACUCAAUCUGGCUCACAUUGUUGACACUUGGCCUCCCAGACCUGUCACCAGCAUGAAUGACACACUCUUCUCCCACUCUGUUCCCUCCUCAGGAAGUCCUUUCAUAACCAGGAGCUCUCCUCCCAAGGACAGUGACGUAGAACAGAGCAAAAUGCUGGCUAGGGCUGCUCCGGCUUUUCUACAGGGCAAAGGGAUACAGUACAGCCUGAAUGUGGCAAACAGGCUGGCUGACGAACACGUUCUCAUUGGGUUGUACGUCAACAUGCUCCGGAACAACCCAUCAUGUUUGCUUGAGAGUUCAAACCGGCUUGACGAAGAACACAGGCUGAUCGCCAGGUAUGCGGCACGGCUGGCUGCAGAAUCCUCCGCAUCCCAGCCAACUCAGCAGAGGAAUGCUCCCGACAUCUCCUUCACCAUCGAUGCAAACAAACAACAAAGGCAGCUGAUCGCAGAGCUGGAAAACAAGAACAGAGAAAUCUUACAGGAGAUCCAGAGGCUGCGGUUAGAGCAUGAGCAAGCUUCUCAGCCCACCCCCGAGAAGGCUCAGCAGAACCCCACCCUGCUGGCAGAACUCCGGCUCCUCAGGCAGCGCAAGGAUGAGCUGGAACAGAGGAUGUCGGCUCUCCAGGAGAGCCGGAGAGAGCUGAUGGUCCAGCUGGAAGGCCUCAUGAAGCUCCUAAAGACCCAGGGGGCAGGCUCUCCCCGCUCCUCCCCCAGCCACACCAUCAGCAGGCCCAUCCCCAUGCCCAUCCGAUCAGCGUCUGCCUGCUCCACACCAACGCACACCCCUCAGGACUCCCUCACUGGGGUUGGGGGAGAUGUUCAAGAGGCAUUUGCACAAAGUUCAAGAAGAAAUUUAAGGAAUGACUUGCUAGUAGCUGCAGAUUCCAUCACUAACACCAUGUCCUCGCUGGUGAAAGAGCUGAAUUCAGAGGUGGCGAGCGAAACCGAAAGUAACGUGGAUUCUGAAUUUUCGAGGACUCAGUUUGAGGAUCUGGUUCCAUCACCAACUUCUGAAAAGGCUUUUCUAGCACAAAUCCACGCCCGAAAACCCGGGUACAUUCACGGUGCAGCAACUACAAGCACCACGCACAGCGACGCAGUUACAGAAGAUGGGGACCCCUAUGUCCAGCCUGAGGAUGAACCCUAUGAGAACGACUCUGUCCGCCAGCUGGAGAAUGAGUUGAAGAUGGAGGAGUACCUGAAGCAGAAGCUGCAGGACGAGGCCUACCAGGUCAGCUUGCAAGGUUGAAUGCAAUGUCCUUGUGUUACUCUCCUCUGAAGCAAGCUAUAGUCAGACAGACGGUGACAGUACCAUGAGAGCCGGUGAUGGAGAGACCCAUACAGAGGAGGAGACAGCAGCCUGGCAGGACCUCGCCGAGCGCGGAGCCACCACAUCCACAGCUCCCGACAACCCCCACCCCUAAAGACGUGUUCUGAUACCUGUAGUGCAGCUAACUUUUUGUUCUAAGAUUUGUAGUUCAUAGGUGUGUGUUUUAGAAGGGGGGCAGAGGGGCACAAGACUUCUGUUCCAAGCUAAUUUAUCAACUCCGUCUUCUGUAACAUGGCUCCUCCCUGGUUCAAAACAAACAUACACGGGUUGAAAACCUGCUGCUGUACACAUGACAGUAUUAACAAGCAUCUUCAACCUUUGCACAUGAUAUUGAACCUGUUCAGUUUACAGUGACACUACUAAUACUGUUUGUAGCUGCAAGUUUGAUUUCUGGAUUCUUUGAGAUUUUAGCAAAAACAGUUUAUUAUACACUUUACAUUUUUUUUCCACAACAAUAGGAAAAAAACAACCACUUACAAUAGGAUUUGGUUCCUGGGUGUAUAGACUCAGAGCCCAGAAGCCAGGAAGGGUCAUUGGCCUGCCCCUGACUCCAAGUCCCCAUGACUUGAACCAAACACCAGGAAUAAUCUAUUCUUGCAGACUUCUUUCCAACUUUAGGUUGUUUUCUUUCAAGACACUCUUAACGAGUCAGCCAUAGACUUUACUGUAAAUACUUUUUCCAAAUAUCAUAUUCAAAAACAGAGAAAGACAGCAUUCAAAUGAUAUAGAAUCUAGUUUUUAAAAUCAGCACAGAUCUUCUUAACAACUGUGAACUAUGUUUUGAAAUACUCGUUACUAAAGCUGUUUAUAAACCACAGGUGCCAUAAGACCCCCAAAUGGACUCCAGUUAUCUGCGCUCUUCCACGGUCCUGCCCCUCACGUUGAACCCUUAGAAAGCAUGUCUUACACGGCACUCUCCACUGACAAGUUCCUUCAUCGGGUUGUCCCGAGGCCUUCAGCUUUAAAUGUACAGGCUUAAAGUGCGCUUGCAAACGCUUGCUCCCCUUUUCUUUCUGAAUGUUGAUUGCCUUAGCUGGCCACCUGUCUUUCUCUGCAUGCAACCUUGUGUGGUCAUGUGAAAGGAGACAGGCUCCGCCACGUGCUGUUGGGAUUUCACACUCAGUAUGAAGCUGAAGUGUGAAAGAAUGGUCAAAGACAAGAGAAUAAUGGUCAGUGGGUGGUCCUUCAUGAGGCCCCUCAAUAGAGAGACCUGGAAAGUUCUUUCCCCUUAACGAUUCUGGGGAAAAUAAAAAGUAAUCAUUUGUUUCAAGAUCUGAUACGGAAGGAAAAGAAAAAGCCAGGAGCAUGUUGGUUAUAUUAAACUAGCAAUCUCUCUGGAAUUCCUUCUUUAUUUCCUUUAAAAGAAAGACGAGAACCCACUGCAGAACAGGAGUCCUCAGAAUGUGUCCCUCAGGCCACUAUCAGCACCACCUAGAAAAGUCUUAGAAUGCAGAUUCCGAGAAUAUAACUCAAGCCCACUGAGUCAGAUGCUCUGGGCUCUGGGCCUAUCAAUCCAUCUCCUAAUCAGCCUUGCUGGCAAUUCUGAUGCAUGCUACAAGUUGAAAAUUAUUGUUCUAUAGUAAAGUCACAUAGUGAAAUCUCUGAAAAAGGCCUUAUCCAGGCUGGGGCAAAGUACUUGCCUAGAAUGCAGGAAGGCAUGAGUGCAUAUUCAACAGCUGUCUAAGCCGGGCAUGGUGACACAUGCCUGUGAUCCCAGCACUCAGGAGAUAGAGGCAGGAAGAUCAGUUCAAGAUCAUCCUCAGUUGCAUAGCAAGUUCAAGGCCAGCCUUGGAUACAGGAGACCCUGUCUUGAAGGGAAUAAAGGAGACUCAUUCGUAAUAAGUAAGAAAGGUUCUGAGUCGACCUCAACACUUCAGUGAUUUAAUUUUACUUACCAGACUGGCAAAAUCUUACUCCUACCCACAUACCUGGUCUAUAGCUGGUGGGCAGUGGCUGAGAACCCACUUCCUGACCUCUGUGUCUGCAGAGGCCUAUCAGGGACUCCCUCCUCUGCGUUUGGUCAGAAACCAUCUCCUUGGCUGCCCUUUAGAACAAAAUGACUAGGCUUGGGGAUAGCAGAAUGCUUGGUUGGCAUCAGGAGAGGACCCCAUGCUGUUCCUGGGCAUCCUUCUCUCCAGAGAAUCCGCCUCAUACAUGUCCCUGAGCAUAGGCUAGCACCAAAGUCGCACAAGGGCACAGUUCUCUGAUCUCUUUGCACAGGUAGAUUCUGUUGCGGGUGUUGUUGGUGUGUCUUAAUGCUCAUCUCUCUUCCCCUGCCCCAUCGUCUGUGAAGCCACACCUCUCUAGAUGGUGCAGGUGGCCACUGGUGCCUCAUACUCAGUACUGAAAACCACUACAUCCCAGCUACCUACAUUACUGUCAGCUCGAAAUCAGAGCCAGGUAGUACUUAAACUCAGAACUCAGACCCUGCAAGUGGCCCCCAGCCACUGACUGGACUGAGCUGACCUAUGUUGUCUCUUUGUGUUUCUACAUCAAAACGUGUGUCUAAAGUUGGAACUGUUCUACUGAAAACCUUCCCCCUGGUCAUCGCUUCCAUUACCAACCAGCUCCAUCAGAGUGUCGACUGUAUCAUACAAAGCCAUUGCAAGGACUCUGGAAACUGCCGCCAAUGACCUAUUUCUCACUAACCAGCCGCCUUUUCUUUCUCUCAGCUCCACGUCAGCACUGAGACCAGACUCAAGCACCCCUGUCCUGUAACCGAGACAAAAUGGCGUGUGUUGUUUUGGGGUUUUGUGAUCAUUGGUGGAUUUCUUUCCUUGGCUCUCCAAAUUUACUUUUGGGGUCUGUUCUAAGUGAAAACCCAGCAGGUUUCAUCUGUCUUGUCCAUUAGCUACAACUGUAUCUCACAGAAACUGUUUCUUUCUUGUCCCACAAUGAAUU